UAGUGUUCUCAAUUUCAAAUAUGGCUUCUUCUUCUUCUUCAUCUUCAUUGACUACUACUGGGGUGUAUGAUGUUUUCUUGAGUUUUAGAGGAGAGACACGAAAAUCUUUUACUGAUCAUCUCUAUGAAGAUUUGUGUCAGGCUGGAAUUAACACCUUUCGGGACGAUGAAGAAAUCCGAAAAGGUGAGAACAUCUCUGAUGAGAUAUUGAAGGCCAUCGAGGCGUCCAAGAUAUCCAUCAUCGUAUUUUCCAAAACUUAUGCCCAAUCCAGAUGGUGCCUUGAUGAACUCGUGAAGAUUCUAAACUGUAAGAAAAAUUUUCAACAGAUGGUUCUGCCUAUAUUCUACAACGUUGAUCCUUCAGAGGUUCGUAAACAAACAGGCGAAUUUAGUAAGGCAUUAGCUCAACAUCGACAACGAUUUGAUGAUAAAAAAGUUGAUGAAUGGAAAGUUGCACUCACAACUGUUGCUGAUUUGUCUGGAUGGGAUUUGCAAACCAUGACAAACGGGUAUGAAUCAAAGUUCAUCAAAAAAAUUACUGAAGAGGUAUUACGGGAAGUGAACCGUACAUAUAUGAAUGUUGCAAAGUAUCCUGUUGGAAUUCAAUCUCGUGUUAGAGAUAUACUUCAUUUAUUGCAAUCUCGAAGACAUGAUGAUAUCAAGAUGUUUGGAAUUUUUGGCAUGGGUGGUGUGGGAAAAACAACCCUUGCUAAUGCCAUUUACAACUUGAGUUUUCAAAGAUUUGAAGGUUGUUGUUUUAUUGCAAACAUUAGAUCACAAGUUUCCGGGGGGCACAAUGGUUUAGUUGGUUUGCAAGAAAAACUUCUUUGUAAAACACUCCACCGAAAGAAACUUAAAAUAGAUAAUGUUGAUGAAGGAAUAAAUUUGAUCAAAGAAAGGCUGCGAUCAAAAAGGGUUCUAAUUAUCCUUGAUGACAUAGACCAUACUAGUCAACUAGAAUCAUUAGCAGGACAACGGAAUUGGUUUGGUUCAGGGAGCACAAUUAUAAUAACAACUAGAGAUGUUCAAUUGUUGAGUGGCAUGGAAGCACACGAGAAAUACAUGGUAGAAACGUUAAGCCGUGUUGAAUCUUUGCAACUCUUGAGUUGGCAUGCUUUUGGUGUUCCUAUACCAUUAGAGGAGUAUAUUGAACUAUCCAAAAUGAUAGCAAGUUAUACUGGUGGACUUCCACUAGCACUUACAAUUAUAGGUUCUCAUUUGCGUGGCAAAUCAGUGCAAGAAUGGAGUGAUGAUGCAGAGAAAUUAAGAGACAUACCUCAUGAUGAUGUUCAAAAAAUUCUUAAAAUAAGUUAUGAUUCACUUGAUGAUGAUACUCGGAAUAUCUUUCUUGAUAUUGCUUGUUUUUUUAUUGGGCAUAACAAAAAUGACACUUGUAUGAUAUUGGAAGCUUGUGGUUUUUAUGCAAAAAGUGGAAUAAGAAUUUUGAUUGAAAGAUGCUUGUUGACAACAAAUGGGGAUGGAAAGUUUGAAAGGCUUCUGAUGCAUGAUUUAGUACGAGAUAUGGGAAGAGAAAUUGUUCGAAAGUAAUCUCCACUAGAGCCGGGCAAACAAAGUAGAUUGAUUGACCCAAAGGAUGUCUUUGAUGUUCUUCACGGGAACAAGGGCACAGAAGCAAUUGAAGGGAUUAUUGUAAAUUCUAACAUGUUAAAAAAUGUGCCUUUGAGUACUCAAGUAUUCAAAAGGAUGGUAAAGUUACGACUACUCAUAUUGGAUGGUAUGCGUCUCAACGGAUCCUUUAAAUAUUUAUCCAAUGAGCAUAGGUUUUUUAGAUUACACAAUUGCUAUUUGAGUUGCAUACCAUCUAAUUUUCGUUGUGAGAAACUUGUUGAGUUAGACAUGAAAGGUAGCAAUAUCAAAGAAUUCCAAUGCAAUAUGCAGGUUAGUAUGUCUAA